UGAAGUAUACAAAAUCCUUCUGUCUCAAAUGCUCCCAAGGUUGAAGCAGGCAAGCUCAGCAGGGAAGCGAGAGAGUGCUAUGUGCAGGCAGCCGUGAUUCAGAGCACAAUGGGAUCAAAGCACUUGGAAUAAAUGUGAGUACAAGUUUUACACUAAUUGAAUCUACCUUUGAAAGCCAUGGCCGCUGCCUCUCACCUGAACUCGGAUGCACUUCGGGAAGUUCUGGAGUGCCCCAUUUGCAUGGAGUCCUUUACUGAGGACCAGCUGAGGCCCAAACUCUUACACUGUGGGCACACCAUCUGCAAGCAGUGCUUGGAGAAACUCCUGGCAAACAGCAUCAAUGGGAUACGCUGCCCCUUCUGCAGCAAGAUCACUCGGAUCACAAACUUGGCUCAACUGACCGAUAAUCUCACGGUGCUGAAGAUCAUAGAUACCACAGGACUGAGUGAAGCUGUGGGCCUUUUCAUGUGCAAAGUUUGCGGGAGAAGGUUACCCAGGCACUUCUGCAAGAGCUGUAAUUUGGUUUUGUGUGACCCGUGCAAGGAAAUGGAACAUCAGCAGCAAGGACAUGGUGUUGUUGCCAUCAAAGAGGCUGCUGAUGAACGGAGGAGGGAAUUUGGGGUAAAGCUUGGCAGACUUCGGGAGCUCAUGGGGGAUCUGCAGAAAAGAAAAGCAUCUCUGGAAGGGGUCUCCAAAGAUGUGCAAUCCAGAUACAAAGCAGUUCUUCAGGAUUACAGCAAGGAAGAGCGCAAGAUCCAGGAAGAACUGGCAAGGUCACGGAAGUUCUUCACAAACUCUUUGUCUGAAGUGGAGAAAGUAAAUAACCAGGUAAUGGAGGAACAGGCUUAUCUGCUGAACAUAGCAGAGGUGCAGAUCGUAUCCCGAUGUGACUAUUUCCUUGCCAAGAUUAAGCAGGGAGAUAUAGCUCUCUUGGAGGAGGCAGCAGAUGAGGAAGAGCCAGAACUGACGAACAACCUACCAAGAGAGCUGACUCUGCAAGAGGUGGAGCUCCUCAAGGUGGGCCACGUGGGGCCACUGCAGAUUGGGCAGGUGGCGAAGAAACCUCGGACAGUCAACAUGGAGGAAUCUCUGAUGGAGACUGCUGCAUCCUCAUCGGCUACAUUUAGGGAGACUGAUGUGGUGCAAGAAGAGACUGGUUUGACACCAAAUUCCUCACCUGCCAAACCAAGGAUGCCUGAAACAGCCACUAGCAUCCAGCAAUGUCACUUCCUCAAGAAGAUGGGCUCCAAAGGCAGCAUGCCAGGGAUGUUCAAUCUUCCUGUCAGCGUACAUGUCACCGUACAGGGAGAGGUGCUUGUGGCAGAUCGUGGCAAUUUCCGAAUCCAGGUAUUUACCCGCAAGGGUUUUCUGAAGGAGAUCCGGCGGAGCCCUAGUGGCAUUGAUAGCUUUGUGCUGAGUUUCCUUGGAGCAGAUCUACCCAAUUUGACUCCCCUAUCUGUCACCAUGAACUGCCAUGGCCUGAUAGGAGUGACUGACAGCUAUGAUAACUCACUAAAGGUGUAUACCAUGGAUGGACACUGCGUUGCAUGUCACAGGAGCCAGCUUAGCAAGCCCUGGGGCAUCACAGCUCUGCCUUCAGGGCAGUUCGUAGUGACCGAUGUGGAAGGAGGAAAGCUCUGGUGUUUCACAGUGGACCGUGGUGUUGGGGUAGUUAAGUACAGUUGCUUAUGUAGUGCUGUGCGCCCAAAGUUUGUCACUUGUGAUUCUGAAGGGACUGUAUACUUCACUCAGGGGCUGGGACUCAACCUGGAGAACCGCCAGCAUGAGCACCACCUCGAGGGGGGCUUUUCAAUUGGCUCUGUAGGUCCAGAUGGGAACUUAGGCCGCCAGAUCAGCCACUUCUUCUCAGAGAAUGAGGAUUUCAGGUGCAUCGCUGGGAUGUGCGUGGAUUCUAGGGGAGACCUGAUUGUUGCAGACAGCAGCCGUAAAGAAAUCCUGCAUUUUCCUAAAGGAGGUGGCUACAAUAUCUUAAUCAGGGAAGGCCUCACCUGCCCUGUUGGCAUAGCCAUUACACCUAAAGGGCAGCUGCUAGUGCUGGACUGUUGGGAUCAUUGCAUUAAGAUCUACAGUUACCAUUUGAGGAGGUAUUCCACACCUUAAGGGUGUUUCACUGGAUAAAGCUGCUCUUCUCAUAGGUUCUCCCCGCCGUAUCAUAAUUUGACAGAAGUUAGUGCUGCACUUUCAGGUAGAUUAUGUCCUAAUCCGAGCUGUGUCACUAUUUUGUGUUUAGAAACAAAAUAGCCUUUUUAUUUGUAUAAUUUUAAAAACCAACCACCACCCCACCACCUCCAUGGAGCAAAGGAUACUUAUGGAGUACUGGUUGUGGGUUAAGUGACUGAUCUCUCCCUACAUCUUACUGCCUUGUGCCGUAGCUCAUACUCCCAGCUUCAACCACUGCAUGCUGCUUUGUGCCAUAAAUAGUAACUGACUCUUCUAUAUGACCUUUCUUUAGAAGACCCGUGAGGCGGUCUUCUUCCCACCACAGUUCUCACAAGGAUCUCAGUAGCAAUUCUUCACAGACAACCACAGAAAGCUAUUUCUGAUUGCAGCGCUGUAGCUGCAUACGACAACGGAGCCUCCCUAAACUGCACAAAGGUGCAGCUUGCAUAAAACUAAAGGGCAAGGCUGUGGUCCUCCCUGUUUCUAGUAAUUAGGAGAUUAUCUUCAUGGUGCCACUGGUGAACCCCACUUGGUCCACCAGUCUCUUCAAUGUGAAGUGGGUACAGUGCAAUCAUGGAAGACCGAUCGAGCCAGAGAACUGCCCUCUGAUGGCAAAGAGAAUUUCAUUACAGUUUGAUUAGCAUGAGAAAAGUAGAGUGGGAGGGGGGAAUUGACAGGAGAGCCUAUUUAACAGAAUUAAUUUCAGUCUGUCAGUAUUCACAGUUGUUUUACUAUUAAAUCUGGCUUGGAACCUGUCUUUGAAGGGUAUGUUUGGUAUUUAAAGCUUUGCCAGGGGAGAGAGAAAUUGAAGUAAACAAGAUCAAAUGUGACAAAUGGUAUGUUCAUCUGCACACUUCAAUAUUCUGCAUUCCAGACCAUUGCAUUUACUGAUAGGUUUCCACUAGUCUGCACUUUGUAUGUGAAAGCUACUUGUUCAUGAGAUAGGGAAAAAA